AUGGAACGGCGGUGCCUCGCAGGAGGAGCAGUGGCGGCAGCGGGGGACGGAGACGGCAGAGGCAGGGGCGGCGGCAGCGGAGGUGGGGGCGGCGGAGGCAGAGGCAGAGGCGGAGGCACAGAUGGUGGGCUGCUGCGCGGGCUGCUGCUCGGGCUGCUGUGCGGGCUGCUGCUCGGGCUGCUGCUCGGGCUGCUGAUCGGGCUGCUGCUCGGGCUGCUGCUCGGGCUGCUGCUCGGGCUGCUGCUCGGGCUGCUGCUCGGGCUGCUGCGAGGGCUGCUGCGAGGGCCCCUGCUCGGGCUGCUGCUGCUGGCUGCUCUCGGGCUGCUGCUCGGGCUGCUGCUCGGGCUGCUGCUCGGGCUGCUGCUCGGGCUGCUGCUCGGGCUGCUGCUCGGGCUGCUGCUCGGGCUGCUGCGAGGGCUGCUGCGAGGGCUCCUGCUCGGGCUGCUGCUGCUGUGA